AUGUGGAGGUUUGUGGGUUUAUUUGCCAUAUUGGCUACAGUGCAUUGUAAUCCAUUGGAUCGUGGAGUGGAAGAAAACUUAGUGGGUGCAGUGUCGGAGUGUAUUGAUAAAGAAACGUCACUAUGCUUAAAGGAAAAAGCUUUGAAGUACACCGAAAAGUUGGCCGUAGCUAAAGACAUCAAUAUAUUUGAGGGCAUGAGUCUCAUCAAUACAGGAUCAGCACGUUCGUCUCGUAGCUUUGAGAUUUUAUCUGAAGACCCAAAGACCAGAGAAGUUCAGAUUGAGGAAAGAAUAGCCAGCAAUGUUGAAGAUUUUUUGGAUAAUCACGUACUACAGCUUCGUUUGUCAGAAGACUCUGAAGAAUCUAGAGCUUUAGAUGAUGAAGAAGGCCGUGGCAAGAAGAAAAAGAAGAUCAAGAAGAUCCUUCCUCUCCUUAUUCUGUUAAAACUUAAGCUUGCGGCUUUAAUUCCUUUGUUCCUUGGAAUCAUUGCGUUCGCUGCCAUCAAGGCCGUAUUCCUUGGCAAGAUUGUCUUCGCCAUGAACGCCUUCAGUCUAAUAAGGAAACUACUAUCUAAAAAUAGUUCUGGUUCAUCAGGAUCUACAAUCAGCUAUUCUCCUCAUCAUGCUGAAGAACAUCCUGGAUAUUCCUAUGAACCAGCCCAAGGAUGGAGUCGAAAAGUCAAUGAUGCCCAAAGCAUGGCGUUUGCCGGUCAAUUAGCUCAU